AUGAUUAAUAGUAGAGACUAUUUCGAAGGACUUUGUAAAUUAUUGCACUAUUCUUUUGAAGAACAGUUGAAAAGAACUGCUAUGGAUACAAUAUGGGGUGGAGAAGUUCAAAUUCAAGCGCUUUCUAUAGCUCUAUUUCAUCCUAUCUAUUCAUACGUGCAGUUUAAUAGCGAUCCACAAAAUAGACAUUAUAUUUCAUCGAGUAUUGAAUUACAGGAACUAGUUGAUCGAUUUGUUAAAGGGACAGCAGACGGUCAUUUAAAAUUCAUAGGAUAUAAAUCCGAUAUGAAUAAAUUAGGAUUUUGUCUUUAUUACAACGGUAUUCACUAUGAUGCUCUUUUACCUUUUCAAGAUAAUCCUCAACAAUUUUUACCACACUUUGACUUGACUAAUAUGAGUUUAUAA